AGGGCCUCUGCCGGGAUGAGGGGCGGGCGCUGCCGGGUCCCGCCCUCACGGGAGCGCCGGGGCCGCCCCGCCGCGCCGGGAGGGGCCGGGCCGCGCUCUGACCCGCGCUUGGGCUCGUACGGCGUUUGCGCGGCGCGGCGGGCGGACGGUCGGGUCAUGGAGCGCGGCGCCGACACGGCCGUGUGGCGGCUCCGUGCCACCGCCGCACAGCGCGACCGCCGCCAGCCGCCUUCGCGGGAGGAAAGCGACCGCGGCGCGGGCGGCAAGAAGCGGGGCGGGCGGCGGCCGCUGCUGCCGCUGUCCGAGGCGCGGGGUGCGCCGCUGGUGCUGUUGUACCUGCUGGGGCUGCGGGCGCUGGUGCAGGUGUCGCACCGGCAGCUCCUGAGCCGCCCGCCCGCCGCCUCCGGGCCCCGAGACUUCAGCGCCGCCCGCGCCAGGGGAUAUCUUGACAACCUUACAGCAAUUGGGCCCAGAACAGUUGGAAGUCCAGAAAAUGAAGUUCUUGCAGUUAACUACCUCUUAGAACAAAUUAGGAGAAUAGAAAGAGAAAGCACAGAUGCUCACAAGAUAUCUGUAGACAUACAGAGGCCCACAGGCUCCUUCAGCAUUGACUUUUUAGGAGGCUUUACUAGUUACUAUGCAAAUAUAACCAAUGUGGUAGUGAAGCUGGACCCCCGCAAUGGAGCCAAGCAUGCAGUGUUAUCCAAUUGUCACUUCGAUUCCGUACCAAAUACCCCAGGUGCCAGUGAUGAUGCUGUUAGCUGUGCAGUGAUGCUUGAAAUACUUAACACACUUUCAAAAUCAUCUGAGUCCCUUCAGCAUGCUGUCAUAUUCUUAUUUAAUGGUGCAGAAGAAAAUAUUUUGCAGGCUAGUCAUGGCUUCAUUACACAACAUGAGUGGGCUAAGUCAAUCAGAGCUUUUAUUAACCUGGAGGCAGCAGGUGUAGGAGGAAAAGAACUUGUUUUUCAAACAGGACCUGAGAACCCUUGGUUGGUACAAGCAUAUGUAGUUGCAGCCAAACAUCCCUUUGCCUCUGUGGUGGCACAGGAAAUAUUUCAGAGUGGCAUUAUCCCAGCAGAUACAGACUUUCGAAUCUACAGGGAUUUUGGCAAUGUUCCAGGAAUAGAUUUGGCAUUCAUUGAAAAUGGCUAUAUUUACCACACAAAAUACGACACAUCAGACAGAAUUUUGACAGAUUCUAUUCAGAGAGCAGGUGACAAUAUUCUAGCUGUCCUAAAAUAUCUAGCAACAUCAGAAAAGUUGGCUAAAUCUUUUGAGUAUCGACAUGGAAAUGUUGUUUUCUUUGAUAUACUUGGUUUAUUUGUCCUGGCUUAUCCCGCUCGAGUUGGCACAAUUAUGAACUAUAUUACAGCAGCAAUUGCGGUUUUUUAUUUAAGCAAAAAAGUAUUACAGCCAAAACCCAGAGCUGUUCAUAACCUGAAGAAGUUAUUUACGGCAUUUGGCUUAACCCUGACGAGCUGGGUGUGCACACUGGUGGCAGUCCUUAUGGUGGCAGCGUUUGUCUCUGUCAUUGGACGGGCUCUUUCUUGGUACACCCAUUUCUAUGUCUCUGUGUCUCUCUAUGGCACUGCAGCUGCAGCCAAUCUCAUUCUUGUGCACAUGCUAGCCAAGAAGUUCUUCUACAAGAAUAUGACUGAGCAGUACCUGGGAGACGUUUUCUUUGAUGCCUCACUGAUGAUCUGGUCUAUAGCAUUGGCUGUGAUUACUCAGAUUGGGCUUUGUUCAGCAUUCAUUUGUACAUUAUGGGUUGCAUUUCCUUUACUCACUAAGCUGAUGAUCCACAAGGAAUUCAGCCAAAAAGGUGCUACAAUAAAGUUUAUUGUGUUGUACAUGCUGGGGAUGUUUGUUCCUUAUCUGUAUAUGCUAUAUCUUAGUUGGACUGUAUUCGAAAUGUUUACACCUGUCAUGGGACGAAGUGGUUCAGAAAUCCCACCAGAUAUGGUGUUGGCAGGAUUUAUUGUGAUCUUCACUAUGAUCCUGUCUUCCUAUUUUAUUAACUUCAUUUACCUUGUCAAAAGUACCAAAACGACGCUAGUAACUUUAACUACUGUGUUUGUAGUCACUCUGAUUCUUGUUUGUAGUGGAAUCUUCUUUCCUUACAGUUCUGAUGCAGCUAAUCCAAAACCUAAGCGAGUCUUUCUCCAGCACACGAGCAGAAGGUUCCAUGAUCUAGAUGGAAAUGUAGUUAAAAGUGACUCUGGUAUAUGGAUCAAUGGGUUUGAUUAUAAUGGAAUAUCUCACAUAACUCCCCAUGUACCUGAAAUCAAUGACACCAUUAGAACUGUAUGCGAGGAGCAAGCUCCCUUCUGUGGCCUUCCUUGGAUUCUGCCAGUGCAUUUCAUGUUCCGGAAAAACUGGUAUCUUCCUGCUCCAGAAAUUUUGCCAAGAAGUCCCAUUCAGUUUAAACUUCUGACAAAGGAGCUGAUGCCCUGGAACUCUGUGAGGUUAAGCUUUGAAGUAUCUGGCCCAAGCCACAUGUCACUGUAUGURCGGCCCCACGCGGGGGUGACGCUGUCCCGCUGGUCUCUCGGGGACGGAGUGCCGGUCACCAGCCUGGGGGGAGAUUACUUCGUGUUCUAUUCCCGCGGGCUGCGCGCCGUGCCCUGGCACUUCUGGGUAGAACUGAUGGCCCCAGAAAAGCAUUCUGAUGGAAUAGUCUCCCUCGCCAUAGCAGCACAUUACUUUUUUGGGGAAGAUCAAAAGUCACCUCAACUCUAUGCCUUACUGGAGAGACUUCCAAACUGGACGUUUUCUUCUGGCUGGUCCUGUACUUACGAUCUUUUUGUCUUUUAAUUUUGACCGUAAUGUUGCAAGGCUAAUAGAGUUAUCUCUGAUGCAGAAUGCUCUUGUGGCAAGCACUUUCUAACAAGAUGCCAGAGACUUCAACAAGAAUUUAAUAUACUUUAGCAAAUGGUGUUUCUUUGGCACUUUGACUAUUUAAAAGACUACUACUUUCUUGGGGAUAUAAUGAUACUUUUCUGUAAACAUGAAUGCAGUUCACCCUGGUUCUUCCACUGAAGUGGCAGUUUGGCUAGUGGGUUUCUUAAAAUGAAAACUGCACUUGACGAGGUAAUAUAUAUAUGACAAGGUAAUAGCAAAUGGUGGCAAUUGUAAUACAGGGGCUUAAUGGAAUUAUUUUGAUGCUAUGUACAACCAUAUUUCACAGAUGGAGUAUCAUCUACCAAUCCUAUCCGUCCUAUUAAAGUCAAGUCUUCAGCUAAAGGAUACUUGUUCCUGUGGGAGCAGGGCAGAGGUGACAAAGUCCUAAGCAUUACUUUUGUCACCAGAUGAAGUCACUGAAAGYUGUGGUGCUGAUGUAGGUUGCAUUGAGUCCUUGGCACAUGCAUAAUGCAGAAAAAUCAAUGUUUUGAUGGAAGGUGAUAAUUGUUUAUUCAAAUUGUAUGUUUCUGCUAAAAAACAUAGUUUUACUGCUUUUCCUGUCUCUCUCUUUUCCUGUUGGUGUUACAGUCUGAGUGGCAAAGUUCUGCUUAACUGCCAUCUUGUGUUUUUGUUCCAUUUGGGAUUUUUCAGUAUCAGCACAUGAGCAUGUGAGUCCCCACUCCUUUAUGUUGAUGUCUUACAAWUAAUCUAUUCUAAAUUUUAAGUUAUCUUCCAAUUUGUUAGAAUUGGCUAAUUUUGGUAUCUCCUCUGGAGAGACUUUUGGUAAUGUGACAGUAUUGCACUUGCUAAUACAUGUACUAUUUCUUAAAAUAAGGUUUGCUUUCCAUAAGGAAAAAUGCCUAAAAGAGUAAUCUUAAAAAGAUGUCUAAUAUCUCUGGAUUGCUCUUACAUUAUUUUCAUAGAAUGGAUUUUAUAUGACUGUGUUUUAGAGUAUCUUCCAAUUCUAAUUUGAUAGGCUUUAAAAUCAGAAGCUACUGACCAUUUUUUAUACUUACCAGGUUUUUGGGGAUUUUUGGUGCAGUGGUUAAUAUUUAAGGGUAAUCUCUUAAAUUCAAAGAACCCAGUGUAUCUGAAGAAACUUCUUCAUGCUUUUUUCAAAUUAUACAUGAAACAUUUGGCUGUAUCAAUACCACACUGCAAAUUUUAGUAUUUUUUUUAUUUUCAUGAGUAUUGCCUAAUGUCAUGCAAAGCAGAUUUUGUGCAGAUGUCAUCAUUUUGAGUAGAAACAUGCUGGUACUGGUAAGUUUGCAGAGCACAUGGAAGAAAAUUACACGCCAGUUAAUUUGUGUGAGCUGUGAUGGAUAGCAACUCUCCAGUCAGGUGUUUUUCCUUCAGAUUGUUCUGUAAUUGUGUGUAACAGUGGAAAGAACCAGUGUCGUUUGUUGCAAGGGCCAUUCACAAAGAUUGUCAGCUCACACAUGGACUAGGGUCAGAGGUUUAAUUAUUGUAAUAAUGAACUGGCCAUCAGAAUCUUAAAACCAAUGGGUUUGUACAUUAAUGUGCAUUAAUCAUUACUCACUUGAUUGUAUCUGAUUUGGAACGAUAAUCUCUGUAUUACUUAGAAGUGCUAUUGGUGAUUUGAAAAUCAGUUAUGAACUAAAACUCCUGUGUCUUGAAUCUCAGCCAAUGUCUUGUACUGUACUCUAGCUGAUGUGCAGCUAGUGAACUAAACGUGCACUGAUAUUUUACCAUCUUCCUCAGUUUUGAUUUUUGUAUUUUGCCUCUGAUUUAAAGCUUUGAAAGUGCUGUGUGAAGAAUUCAUACUGGGAGCCAAAAAUACAAAAAUGCCUGUUGGCAAUUUCUGAAACUUCAGUGAAGCAAUAACUUCUGCUGUCUCAGGAUUUAAUCUUUAUUAAAUAAUUUAACUAUGAGGUAUGUCUGGUUUGUUUCAAAUUUCUGUCUUUGUAAAUAAAAGCAAAACUUGAUUGGUAACACUUGAUUUUUAGUGUGAUUAAAGGCAUAUUUGAGUUGUUUUUAUUCAU